UCAAUUCCCAGCAACCAUGUGGCUCACAACCAUCUGUAAUGGGAUCAGACACCCUCUUUUGGUGUAUCUGAAGAUGGCUACAGUGUACUCACAUAAAAUAAAUAAAUCUUAAAAAAAAUGGUCUGAGCCAGAGGCCAGGGUGGAGCAAAGCAAACAGUGUCUUCUAGAUUUGGCAGGACCAAUGCAUUCAUUAAAAAAAAAAAAUGCAUUCACAAACCUAGAGCAGCCCUGUUUGCCUACACAAGAUGAAGCUCGUCAAUAUUCUAGCGCAGAGUAGGAAGAAGUUCAUAAGAUGCAAACACUGACUGGGAAGCGAUUGACAGCUUGGCUUUUCAGAGAGAGUCAGCUUUCCUCGAGGGCAUGGCUUCUGGGAGGUAGACCACACUCUAAUGGAUGUCCCUACAGCCAGACGUACAUGAGCAAUACAAAUUAGACUCAGACUCAGUGUGUAAUUUAAGAGAAAAAAAAGAACACAUGAAGUUGGGAGCAGGUAGGGGAUGGAGGUGAAUCUGGAAAGAGGAUAAAUAUGACCAAAAUACAUUGUAUAUAUGUUCAAAUUAUUGAAAAUAUUAUAUUAAUAAAAGUAACUUCAGCAUACUUGGUGUUAAUAAGUAGAUAGGAACAAGGCAUAGGAGAAUAGAAAAAUGUUGUUGUCCUAGCAAUGCUGCAUGUGGACUCUGCCCGUCUAUGUACUAGGUUCAUCCAGUUCAACCUAAGCUUCAUUUAAAAGCAAACCCACUCAUAAAUGACACAAGAUCAAACACACUAUCCCUAACACCUAGGACCGUAAACAUUUCACCAAGGUCUCUUAAAGAACAAUAAUUAGUUUUCCACUCAUCGGGCUAAAAGAACCUUAUUAGAGUGAACCUAAUUAAAGAGUGAAGUCAAGUCAGUUUAUUUCUAACAACUGACCCACUUCUAACUUCUGGAGAUGAGGGAAGACAAGAACUAGGAAGAUGAAGAUUCUGCUGGUUGCUCUGGAAUUUUCUCUGGUUUGUGAUGACCAGAAACCUCUUCAUCUGGCAUAACCCUUCAUAGCCCUACUGAUAUGUGACCGGGAAAGGCUGCUCUCUGGGUGGGAAGAAUUCUAUGUGUUUUUUACAUGGAUUCUGGCAUUUCUCUAUGCAUCAGGUUUUGUAAUAUAUAUGUCAAGUAUUACAGCUUUCACCUCUAUAUUCUUUCUCCAUCAGCAUGUAAUCCAGGUAUAAAAGCUAAGCCUAGGAACAGUGGGGCUCAAGGUGAUGAACAAAACUCCAUCAGUAACUGAGCAGGGACAAACCCUAGGCCUAAUGUCUGGAGCGGCUGACUCUGACUACACUUAUAACACCUCGGAGCCCCGCCCACUACAUUACCAGGUCUCCAGAACUUCGGCUCGCUUUGGCUGGAGUAGGGCGGCACUCUGAGCUUGCUCUGGCUGGAGUAGGGCGGCGCUCUGAGCUCGCUCUGCAGGCGCUGACAGGUCUGGGAGCGACUCAAAGCCCCGCCUCCCAGGCUCCGACCUGGCUCCGGUUUGACUGGGCGUGGGACUCCUCCAGGCUCUCCGCCUUCCGACCUCCGUUCCCUGUUCUGACAGGAUCUGUGCUCCGAAGCCACGCCCCUCCUCUGCCCUCGGAGCACCUCGAGUCCCCUGCCGAGCUCCGCCCAGCAACCCGCUUUUACAGGCCAAGGAGCAGCUCAGGCCCCAACUCCCGAACCCUGCCUUGUCCCGUGUGACUAGAGGACCUCGAGGUCCUGCAUGCCAACCCUCGCUCUGCCGUCCACUCUGAUAGGCUAUGGAACUCUUCCAGGCCUGGCCUCCCGAAGCUCCCUCCUGUUGCCUCUUUGACUAGGGCACCGAAGGCUCCGCCUCUCGAGCCCCGUCCCGCCCUCGGCAUCUCCAGACCCCGCCUCACGGGCUCCGCCUCGUCCACUGCUCUGACGGAGCACCGGAGCCUCGCCACCCAGCCCCGCCCCGUAUCCAGGACCCGCUGUCCAUUGGGCACUGCAGGGCCCUCGGGCCCCCGCGACUGGCUCCCGAGGUCGUCAUGACGGCUGCGGUGUUCUUUGGUUGCGCCUUCAUCGCCUUCGGGCCCGCGCUCGCUCUUUAUGUCUUCACCAUCGCCACCGACCCUUUGCGAGUCAUCUUCCUCAUCGCCGGUGCUUUCUUCUGGUUGGUGUCUCUCCUGCUGUCAUCCGUUUUUUGGUUCCUAGUGAGAGUCAUUACUGACAACAGAGAUGGACCAGUACAGAAUUACCUGCUCAUCUUCGGAGUGUUGCUCUCUGUCUGUAUCCAAGAGCUGUUCAGGCUCGCAUAUUAUAAGCUGUUAAAAGAGUUGAAGAAUCUUGGUUCUUCAAUGAGAAAGAGGGAAGGAGGAACAAGAAUGAGUGCAGCCACAGAGGAAAAUACAACUGAAAGCCAAUACAUUGGAGAUAAAGACCUAAGACUAUGGGAAGUACAAAAUUCAAAGAGAAAAGCCAGUGAGGGUUUGAAAAGCAUAAACCCUGAGGAGACAGCACCCUCGAUGCGACUGUUGGCCUAUGUUUCUGGCUUGGGCUUUGGAAUCAUGAGUGGAGUGUUUUCCUUUGUGAACACCCUGUCUAACUCCUUGGGGCCAGGCACAGUGGGCAUUCAUGGUGAUUCUCCUCAGUUCUUCCUUAAUUCAGCUUUCAUGACACUGGUCGUCAUAAUGCUGCACGUGUUCUGGGGCGUUGUGUUCUUUGAUGGCUGUGAGAAGAAUAAGUGGUACACCCUCCUCACGGUUCUCCUGACGCAUCUGGUGGUGUCCACCCAGACUUUUCUAAGUCCUUAUUAUGAAGUGAAUCUGGUAACAGCAUAUAUAAUCAUGGUGCUCAUGGGCAUCUGGGCAUUUUAUGUUGCCGGAGGCAGCUGCCGAAGCUUGAAACUCUGCCUGCUCUGCCAAGACAAGGAUUUUCUUCUUUACAACCAACGCUCCAGAUAACCUCUGACCAUCAGCACCUCUAAGCAGCAGCCUGUGUCUUUAGAGGAAGCACAACUGGGCCCUGUUCUAAAAAGACCCCUGUAUCUUGGAACUUGGAAGCCACAGAACUGUCCAGCCUGGAACUGUCCUGUGCUUUCAUGCAGCAGCCUCUGGAAGAGCUGCAGUGUAGCCUGCAGCCUGGCUGCACAUUUGAAGCAUCUGGGGAAACAAGGAUUGAUGCUUCUGGGCUUCUCCAGACUUGAUUAUCCUGGAUGUGCAGGACAGCUGAGAGUCACUGGGGUCCAAUGGGGAGUUCGAGAAAACACCCAAAAGCUGUUCAGUGUUGGUCUUCUAAACCAACUUCAGCUGAGCAAGUAAAUAUCUGAAUGUGGUAACCAGCGUAGCCCCUGUCUUUUUAUGUACUGAUGUCACAGACUCCAGGGCUGUUCUGUCUGUGGAUGGGUUUGCUAGCCUUCACCAGCAUCAUAGGCUGUGCCUUUAAAUGCAGUAACCUACACUGGCAUUAUAACUUAGCCAAGGUAAGGUCCAUGUAGAACCUGUAUUUUUCUCAUUAUUUUAUCAAUUUUAAGUUUUUCUUCCUCAGGCACUAGAUUAUUUAUUUGAGUAUAAAUUCAGGCUCUUUAGGAUUAAUUAUAUGCUGACUUCCUUGGGAGAGUCUAAAAUUAUGUGCUGAAUUCCUUGGAAGAAAUUAGCAGUGCAAUUUCUUUGGAUUCCGUAAGUUUAUUCAUUAUAAAAUACUAACAGCAACAUAGAUUCCUCAGUUUUAAGCUGCUGUGUGUGCUGUCUGAAACUGGCUUGUCUAGGGAAAACUCACCUUUUUUAUCUCUGAGAAGCUGGGCAGGGAGAUGAAUGAUGGACCUUUGGGAGAUCUUCUCUUUGUGAGAGUGUAGCUAAACCACAAAGUAGUGUGACAUUGACACUUCUCAUUUGCUACUGUGACACCAAACAGUGCCAUCACCCUAAUGGUACAGGGUAAAGUUGGAGAUAGACCAAAUUUCAAGCUGGCAUGGAACUUUUCAUCUUCAGCAGUUCGCCUGGGUUCUGGUUACUGUGAGACAAACAGCAUUCCCUUUUCAGGACUACGCAAGGGCUUUGUUAGUCUUCCAGAUAAGGCCUCUGGCUUCCUCUGUAAGAGGAAUGCUACUGCAUUGGGAGUCUGCUGUGGAGACUGUUCCCAAUCCAAGUCUUUUGGGAACAGAGUGUAAAGUAGCAAUGACCUCUUGGUGGAAGUGAUGCCUUGGUGAUCCCAGCACACAUGUGCACUGUCUAUAAGAACCAGGGGCAGCAGUGAGAGGGUUUGGCAGUGACACUUAAGAUGAAUUACCCAGGAACUAAACCUUAAUUGAUGAACUUCCACCAUGCUUAAAAUAUUUGAGUGUCUAUGUAGAGAUGCAAGACUUAUAAAGCUUCUAGCAAGAAUAUAGAUUACCUGAGAAACCACUGUUUCUCCUUAAAGGUUACUUCAGCUCUAAAUCAUGUUAGUGCCUCUGCUGGAGUUUAUUGGUUGUAUCUUCAUAUAAGAUUUCCCCUGGACUAGAAGGACAAAGACAUAGAAAGCAAACAGUAAACUUCACUUUACAGAGCCAAGAACAAGAAGAUGCCCACAGGGCUGGGAUGUGUUCCUCCCUGAGCAUGGUUACUACUGCUGUCUUAUACACCUUGUAUGGAGAUAUUCCGAUAAAAUGUUUGCUUGUCCGAGGCAUGGAGAACCUGAGAAUUUGACUGUUAUUAUACUUGAGCUCUAAGCAAAUUCUCUGAGUAUACCACAAUAUUAGAAAUGAGGCUAUUAUACAAUCUCAAUUAAUUAAAAAAACUCAGAUGAAUGGCUGGGAAGAUGGCUCACUGGCUAAGCACACAUACUGCUCUUUCAGAGGAUCCAAGUUCAGUUCCAAGAACCCCCUUUGAGCAGCUCACAACCACUUCUAACUACAGCUCUAGGAGAUCCAAUGCAUCUGGCCUUCAACUGCGACUGUAUUCAUAUGCCCACACAGGCAGGACCAUACAUAUUCAAAAACAGAACCAACACACAUGAGAAGGAAAUUUGCCUAGUGAAACUCAGUUGAAUUAUUGAAUAGUCCUUGUUUGCCUGUGGUUGUUCUUAUACUGUGAGUGCUGCUGUGUAGCUCAGGCAGAGCUGUUUCCGUAGCCUGCUUUGCACCUUACCUAGGAAGCCUGAGGGAGGUGGAGUCUUACACAUACACAUUGAAGUGCUGCUCUUAUUAAUAAUUGAAAAGGAGUAGCCUGGAUGUUGUAUGCUGUGUUCCACACAGGUUUUCUGUGAAGAGAGAGAAAAUGCACAUAAAAUUGACCUUGGGAUUUUGAAUAUUGUUUUAGUGCUUGAGUAACAGAGAUGCAUUGACCAUGUGAAUAGCCGGGAUAGAUUCAGUUGUAAUUUCACAUAAGCCACAUUUAUCCUUAGUUUGUUUGAACCAGUGCUCUUCACUGGAGGUGUGUCCACCUGUCUGUCCUUUCGCUUGCCGGGCUAGCAGUGCAGCAGUAGUGACAUUUUCAGAACAUCUUGAUGAAAUGUGCUCCAGGGAAGUGAGGACAGUGUCUUCAGACUGCUCAGAAGAUAGCUUUUGUUCCCAGUAAACAUAAGUACUGUGAGAGAGAUUUUUUUCUCUCCCUAGUUCUUGUUUCAGUAGCUUCAGCCCUGUGUCAAAACAGGUGUUAACAGUAGUUGUGAGCACUGAAGCCUUGCUAGGGCUUAUAGGCAUGUGCCACCACGCCUAGCUAAAGGAUCUCAUUAUGAUUACAAUAUUUAUCUUUUUGUUUAAUAACAGGCUUUACUUUAGUCCUUUCUAAUGUUUAGAGGAAAUGGACACCAUCUCUCUGUAUCAUCUGUAACAUUUUUACAUGUUAACCCUUUAUGACCCGUAUGACCUGCCUUUAUGACCUGUAGCAGCAAACCUUCCAGGCCUGUGUUUUUCCCAAUGGACAGCAAAAACAUUAUUUAACAUUUCAUUCUCUAGAUAUCCCUCAUUUGGAGUAGACCAUCUUUCAGUAUCUGUUAGUAUAGUUAUUGCCUUGUUUGAAACUUGGCUGUACAUUCUGUUGUUUGUUACUGAUUAGUUGCGAGACUUUCAAAGUGAAGUUCAUUAGCUAAUUUACAACCCACAACGCAUGUAUCAUUUCUCUGUAUUCAGAAUCAAUUUGGCACAAAGAUGUUCCUUGUGGCUUCUUAAUCCAAGUAGAGAAAAAAAAAAAAAACCUCAAAGAUCUUGGAGCUUUACUUUGAAAAAUCUCUAAGUAAUUGUGAAAGAGUGAACUUACAAAACAUCACAGAGCAGUAGCUGAAGACAGAAGCCGGUGAAAUUAACCAUGAUUUAGCUUCUACUUGGCAGCUUUGAAUAGCUUAGUCUUGUCACUUUCCCUCCCCUUAGAGAGGAGACGAAGCACCUGAGAGGUUGUGUGUGGCCUUUACCCUCAGACAGGAGGUUCAGGAAACUGGGAGGAUCUAUCACUGGAAUCAGUUGGCUCUGUUUGAAUGAGGCUGCUCCAGGUUUAUACUGAUCAUCUUCCCGGAUGAUCCAGCUUCAGGGCCAAUACCUCUGAGCCUGUAACACAGGUGAGGAGGGGCACAUUUCCCAAGUCAGCUCAGAGUCGGCUACAGUCUCUUUGGCCCUUUCUCAAUAAAGUUGUGAGUCUUGCUAGAUGUCAUUAUUUGAGGAUUAGUUAGAAUGGAGAUUUCCUGAUGACCACCCUCAGAUGUGAGAAUCCUCUAUUAGAAAAAAUAAAAAUAUUUUGUCUUCAUCUCAUCAAAAAUUAGAAUAGAAGAACUGCUCAGUUGUCUUAUUGUCCACAUUUGAGUAGAACACUUGUAUUCUGUUCAACAGACAUUUUAAUGUGUGAGUCCCAAGACUUUAAGGCUCAGUGACUUAUACAAGUCACUUAUACAAGUCACUGAUACAAGUAACUGGUAUUUGUUAUUUAAGUGUAAAUCAUGGUAAGUCUUGUAAAACUAUACUUUAAAAAUGUAUUUGUAUAAAAUAAAAAGUGGAGUGUAUAGUU